AUGGCUCCGCUCCCGCGGCGGAGCCCGGCGGGCCCGUCCACCUUCAUCAUCCUGUGCGAGGGCGCCUUCUUCGAGCAGCUGGGGCUCAGGGGCGACUUCUCGUGCACCGUCGGCGACGGCUACUUCGAGCUCACGAUCGACUACCCCAUCUCGAUCGGGCAGCAGGCCUUCGCGGUGACCGCAACUCCUCCGGCCGCCGAGCCAGUCGACAAUUCGUUCUACAUCAAGCUCAUCGACACCGAUGAGGAGGUGAUCGAUGCGGCGAUGAACAUCCAAGGCCUCCAAAUUCAGCAUGGCCUGCCGAUGACGGCCCUGGACCUGACGUGGAGCAACAGCGAGGCGGGGCAGCGGUCCACGGUGAGCCUCGGCUUCGAGCUGGUGUCUGACCUGCCCGAGCUGAACCCGCCGGUGCUGCACGAGCUGGUCGUGCAGCUGCCGCCAGACUUCUCGCAGCAGGUGACGAACGCCCUGCACAUCGAGUGGGCGGACAAGGCCCUUCCUUACGCGCAGGCGACGCCCGCUGGGCUGCUCGAUGGCCCCUUGAUGCCCGUGUGGCUGGACGCCACGGACCCAAGCAGGCUGAACAUCUUCCUGGACGAAGCGGCUGCUGAAGACCUGGAGGUCGGGACCUACAGGUUUUCCUUCCCGGUGGUCGUGCCCGCGCUGAUUCCAGCCUACAACGUGUUCACGGUGACCCUCUGCACCCCGCCGCCGGUGAACGCGACGUACACUCUGUGCACCGGCGCGCAGGAUCGACAGCCGGGCCCUGGUGUCGUUCCCCAUCACCGGAUUCAAUUUGGGGGAGAUACACCCCACGGCCCUGAAGGACACCGCCGACAGCGGUGCUUACAGGACGGAUAG